GAGGAGCACAAGGCAAUGAGUGGACCGCGCACCCGCUCUCAUCGUGGAUGCUCCAACUGCCGGCGCAGCAAAGUCAAAUGUGACGAGAAACAGCCGGUCUGUACGCGUUGCUUUCAGAAAGACCUUUCCUGCACCCGAGGCACUCUAAAUCUGAAGUGGGAGACGGAUUAUCGUGCUCGGGGGGUCGCAUUCGGCCGUACGGGAGUCUGGCGCAAAGAUGCCUCGAAAAAGCCGAGCCAAGAGAAGAGGAAUAUCCCAUCCACUGCUGAUCAGACCAUCCUUGCAACCCCGGUCAUCCAUCCGUGGAGCUUUGUUCAUGCGGAUAGUCAAAGCUUGCAGCAAUUGCUCGAUCACCAGGAUCUUGUGCUCAUGCCGGCCAGGAACGUGCAUGGACAUAGUCUCCGACCAGCCCUAUCCACCUCCCCCCUAUGGAACCACCUUAAUCAGAGCUUCCUGCUGGACUACUACAUCAACCAGAUCUGCCCCCGGACGACCCCAAGCUCCGGCUCCACCUCGCCGUUCGCCGCGGUUAUCCUGCCCUACUGUCAGACCGCCUCCCCCGUGGUGAUCAAGGCACUGAUGGCUCUAGCAGCAUGCCACUGGAGCCAACAGGACUCACGCUACGCCGUGCACGCCCUGAAGCUCAAAUCGCAGGUCGUUGGAGAAUUUCGCCGCCGCAUUGCGAGCGAUGACCGGGGCGCCUUCCUUCUCGCCCCGGACCCGGAAGUCCUCGUGCUCAUCAUGCUGCUCUGCCUCUACGAGAUCGUGGAUCACUGCGACCGACGCUGGAUCGUCCACUUGCAAGGCGCGAAGGACAUCAUCCGUCUCCGACGUCAGCAGCCAGUUUCACAAACCGACGCACGGCUCCCCCUUCCAACAGUGCCGCCACGAGACCCCAUCUCGAAAUUCGUCGAGCUAUUCUUCGCCUUCCAGGACGUGAUGGGCCGCACCGCCUGCGCAAAGGCCGACCUCUUCGGACCCAGCUACUGGUCCGAGGGAGAUGUGACCAUCAACGACUGGAUGGGCUGCAGUCCCGCGCUGGUGUCGAUCCUGUUCGCGAUCAUGGACCUCAGCCGCAACCGACGCGGCAUGAUGGCUUCCGCGUCGGAGGAGCUGACCUUUCGCGCGCGGGCUUCGAACCUCCAGCGCCGGCUCGACAAUCUCGUCCAGACACCUGCCGUCGAGCGGGAAGACGAGACCCUGAGUCGCGUGGCAGAGCUCAAGAGACUGACCUGCUCGGUCUAUAUCCGAUCUGCGCUGCACGGGGCCAGACCUUGCGACCCCGCCGUCAAGGCCAUCGUUCACCAAAUCCUCGCGGGGCUGUCAGUGCUGGUCGCGCAGGGCUCCGCCAGCCAGGCGAUGAUGUGGCCGCUCUUCGUGGCGGCGGUCGAGCUGGAUCCGCUCGAUGAUCUGGUGGUCGAGAACCCAAGUCUCAGCAUGGCGGACGAGAAGGGUGGCCGACGGCUGGUCCUGCGGCUGCUGAUGGAGAUGGCCAAAACGAGUGUAUCUAGCGUUGCGCGGAUGCGGGCGGUCAUUGAGGGCGUCUGGCAACGGCGGGACUUCCAGCUGCACACUAUGGAGGAUCGGAAGAUGGGUCGGUUCUCCGACUUGAAUGAUUGGGAGGUGUUUGUUGUGCCGGGGAGUGACGCGUUGAGCCUGGUGUGA